CGUAGCCUGACCGACUUAUGACUGUGUUUUUAUUGUAACUUUUUUUAUUUACCUUCUGACUCUCUAGACGCUCUAACUGUUGACGAUGUCGGACUCCGUUAAGAACGUGCUCAUUUUUGGGGCGACGGGAAUGACCGGCUUGGCCACCCUGCCUCUCGCCGCGGCUGCAGACUACAACGUGACGGUGCUAGUGCGAGACCCUGCCAGGCUGCCGGCAGACCACAAGGCCUCCAGGGUGGUGGUGGGCGACGUGCUGAACAAAGACGACGUGAAGAAGGCCAUGGAGGGCCAGGACGCAGUCAUCAUCAUCCUGGGAACUCGGAAUGACCUCAGCCCGACAACCACCAUGUCUGAAGGCACCAAAAACAUUGUGGAGGCUAUGAAGGCUCGUGGAAUCCGCAAAGUGGUGGGCUGCAUGUCAGCCUUCCUGCUCUGGGACCGCUCCAAAGUGCCGCCGCGCCUGCUGGCCGUCACUGAGGACCACGACAGGAUGUACGACGUCCUCAAGUCAUCUGGCUUGGACUACGUGGCCAUCAUGCCCCCUCAUAUUGGCAAUGAUCUUCCUCUGACGGAGCGCUACGCGGCGACAGAGAACGCGCUAAGGGGCCGAGCCAUCUCCAAACACGAUCUGGGACACUUCAUGGUUAAGUGUCUGUCCAACAACGAGUGGGAUGGCAAGACGGUGGGCGUGUGGGGGGACUACAAAUAGUUCAAAUCACACCACAAAUAAUGAUCAUGACAAUUGUUCGGUUUUGUGCUUUUCAAAUAAAUCAAGUUGAAAAUUU